AUGCUCCGUGCUCUCAGAUCCUUUUUCUUCGGUCAAAGAGAGCCCAUGGAUUCCCUCAUAGCAGUUGUUGGCGCCACCGGUACAGGCAAGUCCAAGCUUGCUGUGGACUUGGCAUGUCGAUUCAAUGGCGAAAUUAUUAACGGAGACGCGAUGCAAAUGUAUCGUGGGCUUCCGAUUAUUACGAACCAAAUCCCGAUUGACGAACGAUGCGGCAUCCCACAUCACCUGCUGAGCUGUGUCGACUUGGAGGCGGAGCCCUGGCGCAUCGCACACUUCAAAAGAGAAGCCUUGCGCCUCAUUGAUGAUAUUCGGUCACGUGGAAAGACCCCAAUUCUAGUUGGCGGUACCCACUACUAUACUCAGGCUGUGCUGUUCAAGGACCAGCUGGUAGGCGAGGGGAAAGACGAGGGGAAAGACGAGGGGAAAGACGAGGGAUUAGAUUAUGAAGAGACACCAAAGCUCUCCGAAGAGGCCUCAACAUCAGAAAAAUGGCCGAUUCUAGAUGCGUCCCCCGAGGUCCUUAUGGAGAAACUGCGCGAGGUGGAUCCGGUCAUGGCGGCAAGAUGGCACCCAAAGGAUGGACGCAAGAUCCGGCGAUCCCUUGAGAUUUACUUUCAGACCGGACGACCUGCGUCGGAAAUUUACGAAGAACAAAAGGCAUUGAAGGCCCAGACCGUCAUGAAGGAUGCUGGCCUUCUACGCUCCACUAACACCUUGAUUUUCUGGGUUCAUGCGGAGAAGGAAAUUCUUGAUGGCCGCCUUGAUUCGCGUGUCGACACUAUGGUUAAGCAAGGGUUGAUGACCGAGGCUCAAACUAUGUGGGAAUAUCUGAAGAGCAAACAGGCGCAGGGCAUCGAGGUUGACCAGACGCGCGGCGUGUGGGUGUCUAUCGGAUUCAAAGAGCUAGCGCCGUACUUUGCCGCCGUCGACAAGGCCGAAUCUAGCGAAGCAGAGCUCGAAAAUAUCAAAGGAAACUGCCUUGAAUUGAUCAGGAUCGCCACCCGCCAAUAUGGCACUUCUCAGGUCAAGUGGAUUCGCAACAAACUAUGGCGAGCUCUCUCUGAGGUGGGCAUGGCACGCCGGCUGUACCUUCUCGACAGCAGUGAUAUCAGCAAAUGGCAACAAAACAUCACAGGUCCAUCCGAACAUAUCUUCAAGGCUAUCCUACAUGGGGAACCCACUCCUGAUCCCAAAUCACUAUCCCGAUUGGCAAACGAAGUUUUUGGUGCCAAGGAAGCAAAGGCACUUGCGGCUUCAACAGAUAUGACAUGUCACACUUGCGAUCAGUGCCAAAAGACCCUGGCUGGUGAGGAGCAAUGGAAGAUCCAUCUCAAAAGCAAAGCCCACCGACGGGCCCUCUUGUCUGAGACGAAGAAAGCGGAGCGCGAGCUAUAUUUGCAGAAACGAAGAUUGGAAUCCCAGCAAGCAUCCCCCGAUGUGGAUUCCACCUCACCAACUCUUUCCUGA